GCUCCUCCCCGGAUCCCUCUGCAGUCCCGGUCGGCUGGGGGAAACCCGCGUGGCCACUGCAGUCCUAUGAAUCCUCAUGAAGACAGUUCUGAAGCUUCUGCUGUGGUGGAGAGCACAGGGACUGAGCAGCCGGUGGACGUGUCUGUUAUCAUUCCCACAUAUAACGCUGAGGCCUGGCUGGACGAAUGCUUGAAAUCUGUUUACCUGCAAGACUUUCCAGGGACUCUGGAGGUUUCCAUCUACAAUGAUGGCAGCACGGAUGGCACUGACAACCUCAUACAGCUAUGGAAAUCAAAACUUGAAGAUCGAGGAUUUUACAUUAUUGUGGGAGGUCACAAUUCCCCCCGACCCCAUGGAGUUGGUUACGCAAAGAACCAAGCCAUUCGACAAAGCUCUGGGCGUUUCUUGUGUUUUUUGGAUUCUGAUGAUGUGAUGAUGCCACAAAGAGUCAGACUGCAGUAUGAAGCGGCUGUUCAUCUUCCACAGAGUAUCGUUGGAUGUCGAGUGCGACGGGAGCCAGCAGAGGCGACAGAACGGUACACUCGAUGGAUCAACAGCUUGACCCCCGAGCAGCUUCUGACCCAGGUGUUCACAUCUCAUGGGCCAACCGUCAUCAUGCCAACCUGGUUCUGCUCCAAGGAGUGGUUCUGCUAUGUGGGACAGUUUGUUGAAGAUGGGCAGGGGACUCCCGAAGAUUUACUGUAUUUUUACGAGCACCUCAGAAAAGGUGGUGGAGUGCACCGCGUAGAUGAAUGCCUCCUGCAGUAUCGCUACCACGAGCAUGCCGUGACGCACUCCGUGUCAGAGGAGACUAUCUGGAAGAAUCGGGUGAAGUUCCUGGAAGAGAGAGUCCUCCGGCAAUGGCCGUCUUUCACUAUCUGGAACGCAGGAAAGCAAGGGAGGAAGCUGUACCGGAGUCUGACACCUGAUAACAGAGAGAAGGUUGCGGCGUUCUGCGAUGUCGAUAACAAGAAAAUCUGUAAAGGUUUCUACACACACGAGGAGUCUGAGAAAAGACCAAAACCAAAGAUUCCAAUUCUUCGUUUUACAGAAGCCAAACCGCCGUUCCUGAUCUGCGUCAAACUGGAUCUGACUGGAGGGGGAUUGGAGGAGAACUUGCUCUCUCUGAACCUGAAGGAAGGCCGGGACUAUUAUCACUUCAACUGAGGACGGGGCGCAGGUACGGCACCGCAUUUCACUAGGUUAUCGUCUGG